AUGGCCAGUCAGGCAUCGCAGGGAGCAGAUCCUACCACUGCUGCGGCUAAUGCUGCCGCUGCGAGUGCUGCGUCACAGCAGCAUCCGGCAGGAGCACACGCGCAGCAGGUCGCGGGUUACCAGCAGGCAAUGCACAUGAUGCACGUGCAGGGAGGACACGUGGCGAACGCUGGUGCAAUGCCGCAGGGAUACCCUCAGCAGAUGCCUGGAUCGUAUCCGAUGUACGCCAUGGGUCCCAUGGGGCCGGUCAUGGUCAACCCUCAGAUGUACGCCGCUUACAUGCAAAACAUGCAACACAUGCAUCCCCAAUUCGCCGCCGCGCAAGCCGCCGCCGCCGCCGCUGCUGCUGGUGCCGGCCAGAAACCCGGCGGAUCAGCCGCAGCAGAUGGUGGUUCGGAGGGCGGUUUGGCAGCAGCAGGCUCGGCAGGAGCAGGUUCGGCAGCGGCAGGUGGAGGCAUUGACGCGUUUGCGAGUCUGCUGGGCAGCACGGAUCGUGCUCUGCUGGCGAAAGCGGGGGAGGCUGCCGCGCAGAAGAUGCACGUGAAGGGCUUUAAGGGACAGGGGGAAACGGGACAGGGAGCGACGGGGGAGACCGUGCCACAGCAACAGCAGCAGCAGCAGCAGCCGGAAGGAGGCCAACCUCUCUCCCCUGGCGCCUCAGCACCCGCGGCACACGCACCAGUAGCAUCUGCACCAGCAGCCAUUGCUCCCACAGGUACCCAUCCAGCAGCACCUGGAGUAGCACCAGGCAUGCGACCGGGGUUUCCUUCAGGAAUACCCCCAGGAAUGCCAGCAGGGAUGCCGCAAUACCCCCAGUAUGCUUACUAUCCUGGGGGAAUGCCCUGGUGGCCUCCAGGUGCUGUUCCAGGUGCCGUGCCUGGUGCUGCUCCUGGCUCAAUCCCCGGAGGACCUUCAGUGCCAGCAGCCCUGGCAUUCGAUCCUGAUGACGACUUUGGUGAUUUCUCCUCCUCCCCGGCGGUCCCCUCUGCUGCCUUCGCCCCUGCAGUUGCUGCGCCUGCACCCGCUGCAGCAUCUGGUCUAGGCAUGCCUGCAGCUGCCUCCUCCUUCCCUUCCUCCCUUGACUCUCAACCCCACUUUCCUGCUCCGGGCUUUGGCGCCUUUCCUGGCGCUCCUGCUGCUGCCGCUCCUGCCGCUCCUCCUCCUGCUUUUGCUCCUGCUGCUGCUGCCCCGGCAGCAGCUCCAAGCAAGGAGAUCUCGUUUGAUGAUGACGACGACGAUUUUGGAGAUUUCGCAGGGAGUGCUGCUGUGAGUGGGAGUGCGGCGGGCAGUGGGAGAGGGGAUUCUGCUGCUGGUUUACCCACCGCUAUGGGUACAGUCUCCGCUUCCCCGGAAUUUGUGGGGGUAGACCUCAGCAGCACUGCGGUUACCCCUGAUCCUUCGAUUCGCCUGGAUGAGUCGGGGGCGGGAAAUCCGGUGUUGGUGCCGAGUAAUUCAGUGGCGGCAGCAGCAGAAACAGCAGCUCUGGCAGCGGCAAUGUCUGAAUCCCAUGCUGCUGCCGCCACUGCUGCUGCUGCUGCUGCUGCUGCUGCCGCUGGUUCUGAUGGGGUUGCUUCUGCUGCCGCUGUUGGUGUUGCUGGUGGUCCGAUUCCCCUCUCUCUCUUCGGGGAUGACGUGGCAGUUGCUGAGCUGGAGAACGCUGAGCUGUCGCUCGGGCCGUUCCCUUCCACUGGCAGCAGCAAGCUGUCAGACCAAACUACAGGCACAGGCACAGGCGUGGGAGUAGCAGAAACAGCCAAGGACGUAUCCACCACUGCUGCUGGCGCUGCUGCGGGUGCUUCCGCUGGUGCUGCUGGUGGCGGGAAGUCCGGGAAUUUAAUGGAUCUACUGUCGUCUCUCUAUGGAAGCUCGUCUGCAGGCACUGCAGCAGGCACAGGAGCAGCAGGAGCAGGAGGAGCAGCAGGAGCAGGGGGAGGAGCAGCAGGGGGAGCAGGAGCAGGAGGGAGGCUGGGUCAGACGUUUUCAACCGGGCGAGUGCCUCUGGCAAUGGCGUCUGCUGCUGGGUAUGGUGGUUUGUUCGGCCUGCUCUCCCCAGGAACCCCCCCUACCGAUGUGCCUCUAAGGGGUUCGAUGAGUGACCAGGUGGGGCAGAGAGGGGGGGGACGGGGAGGGGUGGGGGGGUCGCUGUCAGGGGAGAGUGGGGAGGGGUGGGAGGAGCAAGGUGACGGGCCGGCGGGCGGCGCGGGUUUGUCCUGUGCUGCAGUGGACGGCGGUGGUGGUGGCGCUGGUGGUGGCAGCGAUGCCAGCAUCACCGCCGCCCUAGAGUCCGUCCUUCAGCCCACAGUGAUCCGCCUGCCCAACGAAGCUUCUCAAAAGAGAUGGGAGGAGACACUACAGGAGCUGGCGGAGGGGGCGGAGAGCGUUGCUCGGAACGAGUUUGGGCGGCUGAGUGGGGAGCUGGUGAGGGAGGGACGGAUGGAGGAGGCGUAUGCAUGCCGGCUGCAUGCUGCAGCGGUGCAGCUGCUGCCUGACUGCCAGGGACAGUACUCCAUGGCUCUGGGGGAUGGCCGGGUGGAGGCAGCAGCUGCUGUGAGGGAGGAUAUCAAGCGAAUGGAGACUGUGUUGGGCAGCCCUGCAGCAGUGGAAGGGUGGAGGGAGAGGAGGAAAGCAGUGGCGCCUUCAGUGUCACCAAGCCAGCACGCAGAUCAAGUCGGUGGUGACAAUGGAGCCCCAGCUGCAGGAGCUCCCGCUACAGCCGAGACAGCACCUGCUACAGCCGGAGCAGCGGCUGAGAUCAAGCCGGGGAGGGACUUGGCCUCUCUGCGGUGGGACGAGCGGUCGGUGAGCGAGAUGGGGGAGCUGCUGGGACGUAGCAAGGGGGACGCCAGGGCUGCUGCGUUUGAUGGGGAAUUCAAGCAGGAUGAGAUCUGCAACAUGGCCGCCCGCGAUCUCACAGCAGCGCUGCUGGUACACCGAAGGGCUGUCUUCUGGUACAACAUUCUCUCGGCAGUUUCUGCAGCGGAGGCGGCGUCGUUUGUCCGGUUGUGGGGGGCUGUAGCGGCGCGGUGUGCAGAUGUGCUGGAGGCAGCAGUGGGCGUAAAGGAGAAAGCUGCAGCUGACAGCGCUGCAACGCUCUCUGCUCUGCUCGACAAUCCCAAGGCGCGUGACUAUUUCGCAGCCAUCACCCAGACCUACGGCGUGCUUGUAGUAAUUGCUGCUUAUGUGGAGAAGGUGCUGGAGGGUGCUGAGCUGGCGGCGGUGCAGCGGGCUGCUGAGCUGGCGCUGGAAGGGCGGCAGAGACACAUGGGGCUCAUGGGAGGCUCGGGGACUCUGCUGUGUGCUCUCACUCGGCUGCCCAUCUUUGCCUUCACUUCGGUGGCAGCAGUGGAAUGGUAUGGCCAUCGGUACUUGCUUCCUGUGGCCAACUUCUGGGCAAACCACAUUUCAAAUGCCAGCCCGUUGAUGCUUGUUGCUUGCUAA